UUUUCACAAAUUGGACAGCGGAACAUAUUGGGUGAGCUCAGUAAAGGUUUAAUAUUCAGUGCGGCUCGCAGUCUAGGGAAUGAGCACCGUUGCGUCAGGAAUCUUAGUUUCGUGAGGCAAGGUAAAGAGCCCAGCCUGUUUUGAUACUGUAUACUGUUGUAAGUGCUGUAUCUCUACGAUCUUUUAGAUCCACAGCAAGGAAAGGAGGCAGGCCUCUCGCUUUUUGCUGUUCCGGUUGGGCGGUUGUUUUUGUUACCCUUACACUUACCACACACAAAAGACCACGCGUAGGCGCACACACAGCGAUUGUAGGAGCCUUUCGUUUGACUUCGACUCCCUCCUUUAGUCCUUAAUCAUCCUUGCGGACAUUCCCUUUCCUUAAUUCGAAGCGAUUUGGGGUCUACAGGACUCUUCCUACGCCGUGUCCAGGCCGACCACUCGUUAUUCAUCUAUAUCUCACUGCUCUGUCGCUUGCUGCAUAGGUCACAAUCAUUAUCUGCUUUAGAGUAGAAGCUGGACUUCUCACGUAACAUCCCAUAAAAAUCCUCUUUUUUCUCAAAACAAACGACACUGCUGAGCAGACGUUGUUCGUUGGAAAGCCCAGUGAAGCUUUUGAAGGAAGAGGACCAAGAAGUCAUUGAAGACAGAAUCCGCUUGUCGUGCACAUCGCAUAAUGAGCAACUCAUUUCUUCAACAUGUGCCCAGGUCGGAAUUUACAGAAGUAGUUAAACAGCAGUCUGCUACACCGUCUUCGCUGUUCUAUACCAACUCUCACUUCUCUUGGAUUCCUCAGCGUGCCGCUCCACAACCUCCUGUCAUUACUGACUUGUCCUUGCCCCCUAGCACAUCUCCUCCUCCAGGGGGAAGCUCAGAACCCAUUACUUCUCCACAGUGCUCAGUUGAAAAUUCACCGGCCUCGGCAUGCCUUUGCACUCCUCCCCAGCCUGACGCUAGUCGAAGAAGCAUACGAUUUUCACUCCAUACUUCACCGUGCACGAGUCAAGAACAAUACUCCUUAUCGACUGGCGACGAAGCAGAUGCAGACGAUGGGAAGGAAAGUGGUAAACAUGGCCCGUUUACAGACCCAGGAAUGUUCCAGGUCUCACAAUAUCCAUUGGCGCCAACAUCGAAGGCUACUUCGUGUGACUCGAAGGAAGGUUUCCUUCCCAGAAUAUCCCCAGACGAAGCUGUAGACCACUUCGCACCAGUAAUACAACCCUCUCAAGCUCCCCCUCGCCCUCCUAGGAGAAGGUUACCUCUCGAGUCCCAAUCAACCCUUCUGGUCACUCAAGCUCAUCUUUCGGCGUCCCCCACCCCGUCCCCUAGUAUCCAUCCAUCAGACCUCUUACUACCCCAGGCUGUUCGUAGAAGAAGUCUUUCACCAAACUCAAUUUUAACCAUAACCCCUUCGACCUGUACCUCAAAAUCUCCACCCAACGAUGAGACUGUCCAAAGCGUGAUCGGCGGGGAUGCCAACAAAACAUUAGCUUCUUCUAUUGAAGCUGGGUGUUCAAGUAUGGGUAUGGAUCAAAAGAAGAGACAUUCUGUUCAACGAAGACUGGGCGCUCUGCGCGAUUUGGUAUGCGACCUCGAUUUCAACCAGUCUUGGAGCACUUCGCAUACUCCAUCGGAAGCCAAUGAGCUACCUUUGACUUCAGCUUCCGAAUGUAACUCUAUCGUUGACUUCUCUAUAGCCUCUCGCCCAUGGUCAAAAUCUGAAAUGAACGUCUCCCUCAUCUCCAAACCACUUCCUACGCGCACCCGUUUUGCAAGAGCAGAUCGGCCAAAGGGUAUUGUCGAGCCGGAUCUCGACUUAUCCAACAUUCCAUGUCUGAUAUCGGAUCAUCUCGUUGUUCCUCACGACGCAGAUGCAACCCUUAUCGACCCUGAAGUUUGCCGGAUCCAACCCCAGAAACUUUCCAAGCCCAUUAGUCAAAGUUCGAAUAGGACAGACCAGUCGAGAUUGUUUUCGGCUACGCCAGACCCCCCUCGUCCAGCGUUGAGAGCUAGAAAAGAGGUUUUUAGCGUAGCCUGGUCAGGCUAUGGUCGAUGCUUGGAACCCUCUUCACCUAUCACCUCUACUGCUCCAGCGGCAGGCAAGACAUGGCGUUAUACCCUACCUUCAGAAGCCAUUUAUCAUCAAGUGGUGAAUGAGAUGGGAAAUGAUGAAGUGAAAAGGCAGGAGAUUAUUUGGGAAAUGUGUGAGACAGAACAAGGGUUUGUGGACUCUAUGAAGAUGGUAAUGAAGUUGUUCGCUUCGCCAUUGAAGACGCCACAUGGGAAAUGGAUCGACGGGAUACCCGAUCAAAUUUGCAGCCUUUUCGACUCUCUUCAAUCGAUCGUCAACGUGCACGCAUCUCUCGUCAAGUCUCAGCAAUCACUCAAGCACAACCAUAUCAUUGAUAUUUUUACCUUUAUUGGUGUAUUCAGAGCUUGGGUAGAUCAGCUGAGUAUUCAUGAGUCUUUCCUCCUAAAGUUUGAAAGUGUCACCCGUUUGAUUGACGAGAAUGUGAAAGACCCACUGAGCGUCUUUGGGGAGUUUGUAAGAAUGCAAAUGAAGGCAGGGGUAUUGGGGUCAAUGAGCUUGCCAAGCAUGCUGUUGAAACCUGUGCAAAGGCUGACGAAGUAUCCCUUGUUUCUAAAAGGUUUAUUGGACGCCACCCCUAGCAGCCACCCUGCUCAAUCUUGUGCUCUUUCAUUACUCACCAAGACCGAGUCCAUGAUCUCAUCUGUCCAAGCAGCCAAAGUUCGCGAAGAGGAUUAUCAAUCCCUACAAGUCCUCGAAUCUCGAAUACUGGGAUUACCUGAAGGGUUCGUACUAGCAAUGAAAGGGCGGAAGCUUUUGGGCCACGGUCGCGUUGCCAGUGCUGUUUUUGGCAAAGAUGGUCCUCCUCCUAAUGAUGCCGGUAUUAUCCAUAGCAGAGCACGUGCGGGCAGUGUGCACUCUCUUCGAUCCACUCGGACUUCAGGCUAUUCCACAAUCUCAUCCUCGACUCUAUCAACCUCUGGUCUUUUCACUUCUUUUGAUUUUUCUGCCUCUCAAGCAGGUUCCUCCAGGACUUCCGCUUUUUCAGUUUCUUCUUUUGGGUCUUCCUUUCACUCUCCUUCGAGAUCCAACUCCAUCUCUACCUGUCAGCCCUCACAUCCGUCUCAAACUCUCUCUCGCCCUCCUUCCGUCCCAUCAAUGUUUUCCAUACCUAGACCUAGUUCAUCAGCUUCUAUGAGAAGUAGUAAGAUUCGUAAGAAGGAAGAUGUGUCGAUCAUGCUGGUUUUUGACGAUAUCGUCGUUCUCGGUCAGAUGGAGAAGGGUGUUGCUGUCUACGGUAAAAGAAGAGACAAGAGGUUGAGGGUGAUUGAGGGAGGCGUGGGGAGGGUGCUGGAAGUCAAGAACCUCACAGGUUGGGGUGGCUAUGACGAUCUUCUCUGUCUUACCUUGGAUCCCGUCUAUUCGGAUGACGCCCAUAGUCCUAUUACGCACUUCUUAACUACGCCUGGUACACAGAAGAUUACCUCGAGUUCUUUUUUACGCUCUAAAUCUGCACCAUUACAAGUCGAUUUGAAUACGCCCACUAUCGUAACUUUCAACGGAUUCCUGGAAAUUCUUUGCCAAGGUUUGGAGGUCGGUGUAGCUGUUGACGCGCCCGCAGACGGCGAGGAAGAGGAGGUGUUGGAAGUGUGAUUUGAAUGCUGGACAUUUACGAUCGUUCAUCAGGUAAAAAGUUAUCAGAGAUUAAUCGAUACUACCCCUCUGUAUGCAUCUUGUUAAU